AUGUUUGCAAAGUAUUACCAAGGAACAUGUAUUACCAAGCUGAUUCAUUUGUUCCUGCUGCAAGUAUCCUUGGUUCUGGUUGUGUGUCAGCUCCAUUAUAUCAUCCCAGAAGAAUCUAAACACGGCACAUUUGUUGGAAGAAUUGCUCAGGAUUUGGGUCUGCAGAAAAGUGAAAUCAACUCUAGAAUGUUGCGGAUUGUCUCUAAUGACGAAAAGCAAUUUUUCGAGGUAAAUUUGCAGAAUGGGAUUUUAUUUGUUAAGGAUAUUAUAGACAGGGAAGAGAUAUGUACAAAUAUACCUAUCUGUGUUUUAUCUCUGCAAGUAAUUGUUGAUAAUCCUGUGAAAAUGUACCAGGUAGAUGUGGAAAUUGAGGACAUUAAUGAUAAUUAUCCAGUUUUCUUUACAAAUGAAUACAUUAUUUCAAUAUCAGAAUUAAGGCUUCCAGGAUCUCGAUUUCCACUAGAGGGUGCAGUUGAUGCUGAUAUUGGCACUAAUUCUGUUACAAACUACGAUCUCAGUACAAAUGAUUAUUUUAUUUUAGAAUUUACUAAAUAUGUACAUCAAAUACGAACGUUAGAUCUUUUACUAAAGAAACCACUGGACAGAGAAAAAAUAUCAUUUCACAAUUUGACUCUUAUUGCUUUUGAUGGUGGGAAACCAAAGUUAAGUGGCACCACUCAACUUGUAAUCACAGUGGGAGAUGCUAAUGAUAACACCCCAACAUUUGAUCAACCAUUUUACCAAUGCAGUGUUGUGGAAAAUGCUCCUAAAGGAACUUUUGUUUAUAAACUGAAUGCAACAGAUAAGGAUCAGGGUAAAAACGGGGAAAUAUCUUAUGAUUUCAGCAAACUGGUGCCAGAACAUGUUAAACAAACCUUCAGUAUAGACAAACACACUGGUGACAUUACAGUAAUAGGAGAGGUGGACUUUGAAAACAACAAAAUGUAUGAAAUUCAGAUUGAUGCAGCUGAUUAUGGUGAACUCUCUUUGGUUGGGCACUGCAAAGUUUUAGUUACAAUUACAGACAUCAAUGACAACCCUCCUGAGCUGACAGUUACAUCCCUUUCUGUUCCUGUUGCUGAAGAUGCACCACAAGGCACCACUGUUGCAAUCAUACAUGUACGUGACAGAGAUUCAGGAGAGAAUGGAAGAAUUAACUGUUAUAUCUCGGAGCAUAGGACAUUCAAAAUAGUUCCAGCAUUUGCUGGGGUCUUUUCUUUAACAGUAGAUGCACCAUUAGAUAGAGAAACCAUAUCUGAAUAUGAAGUAGUAAUUACUGCAAAAGAUGAAGGAUCACCAGCUCUCUCUGUUUCCAAAACAAUUAAUGUUGAGAUAAGUGAUGUGAAUGACAAUGCUCCUGAAUUUAUGCAAUCUGUUACCACAAUAUUUCUGAAAGAGAACAAUCCACCAGGAUCUCAUAUCUAUUCUGUGUCAGCAUCAGACCCGGACAUGAACCAGAACUCAUUUAUUACCUACUCUCUUAGUGAAAAUUCAGUCAAUGGUGUCCCCUUAUCUUCAUUUAUCUCCAUUAAUCCAGAAAAUGGCAACCUUUUUGCUUUACUUUCAUUUGAUUAUGAACAAAUUAACUAUUUUCAAUGUGAAGUCAAAGCUACUGAUGCAGGUUUGCCUCCCCUUAGCAGUUAUGCUACACUUUAUAUUUUCAUUGUUGAUGUUAAUGAUAAUCCCCCUUUUUUUUCUCCACUUUCUGCUCUUAGUGGAUCUACAGAAAUGAUUAAGUCAUUAAAAUCAGCACAGGCAGGUUCCUUGGUGACAAAGAUUACUGCAGUUGAUUUGGAUUCUGGAUACAAUGCUUGGAUAUCUUAUGAAUUUAAGAAACCUUUAUUAAGUUUACCAUUUCAAAUUUCACACAAGACUGGAGAAAUAAGGUUAAUACGAUCCUAUAUGGAAUCAGAUGGUGAUGAAUUUAGACUUAUGGUAGUUGCUCAGGAUCAUGGAGAACCUUCAAUGUCUUCAGUGAUGCCCAUCAUAAUUUCUUUGGUGGAUUCAGAAGAAGACCUCAAAGUAGAUCUUCAUGAUUCAAAUGAAAAAGAAGAGGAAUUCACCAGUGCAAAUGUUUAUUUGGUCAUAGCCAUUUGCUCAAUCUCAAGUAUAUUCCUCAUUACUCUCAUUGCAUUUACUGUUUUACGAUGGCAAAAAUAUAGGGAUGAGGUAAACGAACUGAGGGAGAACUACAAAGUCUGCUCAAAUACAGUUGGCAGUUGGAUAUAUUCUCAACAAAGCCAAUAUAAGCUAUACUUAAAUUCUCUCCAAAGGAACGAUUUGAUAGUUUUUACUCCAAAUCUCUCACAGCCCUCAGAUAAUGAAAGAAACUCAAAAGAUCCAGAAACAGAAACCAACUCUUCAUUUCAGGUAAGGUAA